AAAAUUGGUUUUUGAACCAUUUAUUUUGAAGCCCGUAUUUCUAUUUCUCCUUCUUCCUCUCUUGGUCAGUACUACCAUUCGUAAUUUCGUUCCCUAGUUUUCUUUUCUGCCGAUGCUGUGCACACCGGCUCUCUGACGCCGCCCGCCGGACAUUACUGCCGUCGACCCACUGCCGCGCUGCCGCCGCUACAUCCAAAGUAAUCAGCAGAAGGAUCCAGUAGGUGAUUGGAAACUAGCAGGGAGGGAUCGGAAGUAAUGGCAAGCGUACCUGCUCAAAUUCCUACCAGUUUCGGGCAUGAGCUCAGAGCUUGUCUUCGUUGUCGUCUUGUCAAAACUUACGAUCAGUUCCGAGAAUCGGGCUGUGAGAAUUGCCCAUUCUUCAAGAUGGACGAAGACCACGAGCGUGUUGUAGAAUGUACAACUCCUAAUUUUAAUGGGAUAAUUUCAGUCAUGGAUCCUGCCAGAAGUUGGGCUGCUAGAUGGCUGCGAAUUGGAAGAUUCGUUCCCGGUUGUUACACUCUUGCAGUCUCAGAGGCCCUCCCUGAGGAUUUGCAGAAUUUAUGUGAAGAGGAGCGCGUGCAAUAUGCACCACCUAAACGUGUUUAACUGUAUGUUAUCUCUAGUUUAUUCUGAUUACAAAGAAUAAUUCCACCUUGUUCAUGUUGUAGUAUUUUUAGUUGAACUAGCAUUUAGUGUGUGUUGUCUUUUGAUUGAACUGAACAGAAGGUAUAGUUGCUAACACCUUGCAUUGUACAUCUUAAUUUGCUUCCCCUUGCGUUUCUUUAUUGCCAAUUAAAAUACCUACUCACUGUUUGAAGAGGUUGAAUUUGAGUGGCUUAAAA